AUGUCAAAUCUUACAAAAUUGGAUUUUGGGGCUCUUGAUAUUUCGGGAAAGAACUAUUUGACAUGGGCCCUAGACGCCCAAAUUCAUUUAAGCGCAGAAGGUCACGGUGACACUAUUAAAGAAGGAAAUAAAUCAUCUGAUCAACAAAAGGCAAAAGUCAUGAUAUUCCUUCGUCGUCACCUUCACGAGGAUCUUAAAAAUGAGUAUCUUACCGUAACUGACCCACAUGUCUUGUGGAAAAAUUUGAAAGAUAGAUAUGAUCAUCAAAAAACGGUUAUCCUACCAAAAGCUCGAUAUGAAUGGAUGCAUUUACGUUUGCAGGAUUUUAAAAGUCUGCAGUAUCGAGAAAAGGGGUUUAUUAAAUAUUCUGACCUAAUAUCUUGUCUUCUUGUGGCUGAGGAAAAUAAUGAACUAUUGAUGAAAAAUCACGAGGCCCGUCCCACUGGUACAACUCCAUUCCCAGAAGUGAAUGUGGCAAGGCACGACCACUAUAGGAAAAAUCAUGGUCGCGGUCGUGCAUACGCACGUGGUCGUGGUCGUGGUCGUGGUCGUAAUUAUGCUCAUGGUCUUGGUUUUGAUCGUGGUCGCAAUGAGAAUCAUAAAAACACACAUUUCCACCCGAAGUGGAAAAAUGUUGAAAAGAAUGAAAAAGAGGGUCAGAGUAGCAAAACAAAUGAAAAUAUUUGCUAUCGUUGUGGAGGAAAAGGUCAUUGGAGUCGCACUUGUCGUACUCCAAAACACCUUGUUGAUCUUUAUCAAAAAUCACAGAAAAAUAAAAAGGAAAAGAUCGAGACUCACUUUGCUAAUGAAGAUGAUGAUCCAGAUUAUGGUAAUAUGGAUGUUACCCAUUUAGAUAUUGGUGACUUCUUUGCUGAUCCAGAUGGAAAAAUUGAUCACCUUAUUGGAGAUGGAAGCGUCAAGAAAUAA